ACAUAAGGUUGGCUAUCUAUAUUGUUAGUAUUUAUGUUAGUAUUCAAAGUUCGGAGUGUUCGGACAAUUCGGAGCAGUUCGAGGGUGUAAAAUAUUGUUGCAAUCUGAUCUAUGAAAAUUAUUCACUACAAAAAUGGAUAACAAGAGGGUGGCUCUGUCAAAGAGUAUAUUAGAAAUGAAGUUUAUGAAGCGGACAAAGGACAAAGUUGAGAAGGAGCAAUUUGAAGAAGAAGGAGAAGAGUACUUUGGUAGCCAGUUGAAAUCACGCAUGAAAAAGACAUCUAGAAAAUUCCUUGUGGAACCAAGCUAUGUUUUCUGCGAGGGUCUCACUGAUGGUAGGUUAAGUUUCCAAGGGAUGAAUCCAGCGAUAGAGAAGCUAAUGGAAGCAAGAGAUAAUGCGAGAGCUCGAACAGAAGUAAAACCAGAAGCUGACAUAUCAGACGAGCAAAUGACUGUAACAUGGCAAAAGAUGCGAGCGAAAUUUGAUGCCGUAAAGAAACUUAGAAAGUCACAGCAUAGAAAAACGAAGACUGAAGACGAACCAGUGGAGAAAAAGCUGAAAUUCCUGAAGCCAGUAGAUUAAGAAUUGUGUGUAAAUAAUUAUAGUAAUUGUAUAGUUAAGUGUUAAUUACUAAUUAAAUAAGUAGUUAAGAAACAAAUAUUGUUUAUGGUAACAAUCUGUCUAGUAACAUACUGAUCAUCAUAAAUUUUGAUAUCGUAAACCGAUCAUUAUAUCACUUUUAAUAUAAUUGUUGGAAGAAGAAUGAAUAAUUGAAUAAUUAUGACUUUCCAAAAAUGUUGCUUGUUUAUCUUGUUUGAAAUAUAUUGUUUACAGAGAUA